GUGCAGUACCUCCUGGGCGAUGACUUCAAUGCGCUGCUUAACAAGUGGCCAAAGCACAGCGCUGAGCGGACGCAAGUGGAGCGCGUGAUGAAGUCAGGAUUGUUGUCAUAUCGGAGAAGAGUAGUGAAUGGAGAAGGUUUCUGGACGAAAGGGGACGGGACGUUUCCUAUGGCUGUAUAUGAA